AUGACUUCCGAGGAUCUGUCUCUCUCUGACCCUUCUUCUGAUGAAAGCUUGUCACUUUCAUCUGCUUCUGAAGAAGCAUUCCCACAAGAUGAAUGGGCUGUACGCAGAAUACUAGCAGAAGCGAAAGUCCAAGGCGAAAUAAAAUACCUGAUAGAUUGGGACGGCUUCGAUCUAUGCGAUGCCACUUGGGAGCCUGCCGAACAUUUGAGCGAGGGUCUCUUAGCAGACUGGCUAACUGCUAAGAAGAAAACCGGUAAGAAGACAGUGCCAGGGUUUAAGAUUGAUCAAUGGAGGCAAGCUGUGAACGACGACAUUCGUGCCAAGUAUGCAAAACAUACAAAGAGAAAUCAGCAAAGAGCACGUUUGGGGCUGGGGCAAAGCGAGCUAGACUUCACAUUAGAGCAGUGGAUAAAUUCGGUGCAAGGACCAUCGGAGGAUGAUACAACACAUACAAAUGAAGAGCACAUCCAGGAGAAAUAUUCUGCUCCUGUUUCAGAGCCGCCUACUACCGAGCCAAGGAUAAUUGGACAGAGCCCAGCCAGGAUCAAUGAUCAAUCUAAGGAACAAAAGGCAAGAAGUUCACUUCGUGAGUCUCAAGGAACCCAAGACAACCGGACUCUGCCGAUUAAGGAAGGAUCAGUCUUGCAGUUUGUGUGUCAAACCUCUCACGGCCCUCCAGAAUCUCCACAGGAUUCUCCAAAGAAUGAGAAAAAGUCACCGGUACAAGCAGCACAGGCCGGUUUAUGUGCGUUAGAUUCACAAAAGAGCACAUUGAGUUCUACACCUAAGUCUAAAGGAGCACCGCAUCAGCCCGAUUCCCCACCAAAGACUGCUGUUAGGUUCAGAAUACCGUCAGUUGAUUCGGCGUUAAUGCCAAAUGUGUUCGUUGGCGGGAAGAAGCGAAAGGCUCGACGAAACCUGCUGGACGCGGCAUCCGACCCGAGUCGGCCGCCAAAGUUCCUGAAUCACCACAAACAGCGCUUAAUAGAGAAAGGAUUGAGAGAUAAGGAGGGCGUGACACCUCCAAGAAAAGAGGGCAAUGAAUCUCUGAGAGUGCAUCCCAUACAGGCUGCUAUGCAACCCAUAAAUACAAUGCCCACGAGUGGUAAAAUUAGAGGCAUUCUCGUACCUCGAAGUUCUCUGGAUCGUGUUAUACCAAAGCCUAGCCCAAAGAAAAAGAGGGUACACUGGGAAGAUGAUCUUAUUUCUCAGAAACCUCAAAUCCCAGCUGAGUUGGAGAGCCUUUUUGUUUCAGAUGAGCCAUCAAUAGUGGCUCUAAAUGCCGAUUUCUGCGCCAUGGGAGCUUCUGCAGAGUCUCCCUCCAAAGGAGCUCCUUCAAUUUGUUCAGCGCAGCUUCCCCCCAGCUGCGAUCGUUCUACAAUCUCUAAACCAUGUCAAUUCGGGAGCCCUGACGGCUUAUUCGCAACGUUAGACUUCAGAGAUCUACAACUCAAGAACAAGCCUUCCUGGUCCUAUUGUUUUGAUGGUUCAGAUCGGCUAGUAUUUUGCCAUGUCUGCACAGUACAUGAUCUUCUCUCGCAAACGGCGUGCGGAGCGCUUGAGGAAUUGAGCAUUUGUCAAGGUACAACUUCAUGCAGUGGCAUGGACAAGAAUAUCGUUAUGUUGGUAGCCAACCGGCUACAAUCAGGGUAUUUUGCCGCAUAUAUUAUUGCAGAAACAGAGAAUUUCGAAGAAGGACCACUGGUAUACGCGCCCGAUGUAUUGGAUGGAAAUGAUGAGCAGAGCCUCGUCAACUGGUUUGGUUCCUGGGCAAUGCUCCAUAUUCAACAAUUCAGGAAUUUCCUUGUGCUAGGGUCCAGCUACCAAACAGAAGCGAGGUUGUCACGGGUUAUUCGACCGGUCCAGUUCGUGACAUGCUGUACAGAGCACCUCCCCCCUCAGGACCUUGUCACAGUUCAAACACCACAUUAUCUGCAACCGGGAGCGGCUAGCGUAAUUCCAGAAGCUAUGUUGGCCGCAAAGACGGGAGAGUUCCUCACGGAUAUCGAAAAGGGCUACGGAGGUUUAUCCUUCUCCCCUCUGGUCCUGUAUCGAUACCCAAUCACUUGUUGGGAUUCUGAGACUAUUUUACAAUUGGGGGAUUGCAAGUCGUGUUUCAAGGACUACAGCAACUGGUUCAAUCAUUUUAAAGAGCCAUUCUUCUCGAGACCGAUGGGGUUAUGCUCCAUAAAUAUGCUACCUAACUACAAAAAUACUUACUUGGGGCUAUUCUAUACUAGAGAUGAAGAACAGAAAUCUGUGUGCUCUUCAUCUCGCGAAGCACAGGUCCAAAACCUUCGUCCCUGGAUUGCCAUUUACAGGCCUGCUGAUAUUCACACCAGACCAUGGAAGAACAUGGAGUUAUUGAUUUGGGACCCUUUAAUCCGCAACAGUGUGUUUCAGGGCAAUGAAUUUUACGAAGGAGAACUUCUUUCUGCUCAAGAGAGGCUUGUUAGUUAUGUUGUGGAUAGGAGUCGGGAUUUAAAAACUACACUUCCUCUCGAGCGAGUCUGGGUUGGGCCGUUCGAUGACCACCAGGACGAUGGAUUUGUGGAUCCCUUUGAUUGCGUGUUGAGCUGGAUUAGGACCAUCUCUAACUCGGUGAAAGAGAGACUUCCCUUGUACGGGAAACAACUUUCAUCUCGAGGAUGGAAACAAGUCAACCUGGAAGAUUUGCUCACGAGGGCCGGCGAAGGCAAUGUUCCGCGGCAGAUAUCGGAAACCCAAUCUGCUAAUAAGCAAUGUCUUCCACUCCGGACAGUUUUUCAGGCGCCCAAGCCGAAUAUAGGCGCCAGGAGGUCGCCCAUAUGCAAUAAUCGCUUACAGGCGGCUAUGUUGAGACACCAAGACUCGAACGAGAUAUAUUUCACCUUUCAACCAACCUUGAAAUGGUAUGGCGAGCAGGUGGCGGCGGGCAGGGGCCUUCAGCACCUUAAAGUUUUAGACUGGCAAACUUUCUUUACGCGUCACAAAAUCCACGAUCCCGAGGAUUAA